AUGAAUACAAAUAUUCGCUCAUUGAAUGUUUCGAAAUCUCUUAGACGAAAUAAUGACAACAAAGAUACUUAUAAACGUGUCACUUCCAAUACAUACAUACAAAACCCAAUGCCUCAAACGACCGAUGCACUUUCAGACACCAAAGCAAACGAACAAUUAAACGAACCAAACAAUAACAAUGAACAUGACUGCCCAUUCAAGUACUGUAAUAUCCUCCUUUCAGCAUGGAGAGGAAUGGUUAGUCAUUGUUAUUCAGUGCAAUUUCUUGAAGAGAAAUUGGGCCAAGAAAGUGAGAGACAGAAACAACAUACUAAUAGUUAUGCCAUGUCAUCAGUGAGUAUUUACGGAAAAGCUGGUUGA